CAUUGGCCACUCUUUUCCUCGAUGCAUCCUCCUUCUAGUCAACCAUCGUCGAUGCCACAAGCAUCUGCAAAUAAUUGAUAAUAAUGGCGUCUCCUCGACCCAAGUCACCGCGAAUCCCGGUUUCCAGCAAGAAAGAGGACAAGGAGGAAAGUUUCUGGGAUAAAAUCGGGACACUGGGACGGAAGAAACGUAUCAAGGAAGUGAAAGAUGUACAAGAAGAAGGGAAAUAUGCCAUCGAUUCACCCGGGUAUGCCGCUAAUCCUGACAUGCCACCAGAGGAAUACGCUCUCGACGAGAACGAAGAACGUUCGAUGAUAGAGCCGAAAUCCUUGGAAGAUGCCAAGCUGCAAGAAUUGAUAUUUGUCCUGAUCGAAUGGAUCAACGACGAAUUGGCCGAUCAGCGAAUUAUCGUGAAAGAUAUCGUAGAGGAUCUUUACGACGGACAAGUGCUACAGAAGCUUUUAGAAAAGCUGACUGGGGAGAAAUUGGACGUGCCUGAAGUAACUCAAUCCGAGGAAGGGCAGAAGCAGAAGCUCGCUGUUGUCUUGUCCGCUGCUAAUCGUGUACUCGGUCGAUAUCCGCCUUACAAAUGGAGCGUCGAAUCUGUACACUCGAAAAAUAUCGUCGCUAUUCUGCACCUGCUCGUCGGCCUAGCACGGCUCUUUCGUGCUCCCGUCAGAUUGCCCGAGAGAGUUGCCGUACAAGUAGUCGUCGUGCGUAAAAAGGACGGCCAGCUGACACACAGAACAGUGAGGGAAGAGCUGACGACAACCUACGACGAUUUGGGCAUGCGUUGCGAGCGUGAUGCAUUUGACACACUUUUCGAUCAUGCACCCGACAAGUUGGCCGUUGUCAAGAAAUCAUUGGUAACGUUCGUCAAUAAGCAUUUGAGCAAGGUUCAUUUGGAGGUGACAGAUUUGGAUACUCAAUUCCACGAUGGUGUCUUCUUGAUUCUGCUGCUUGGUCUCUUGGAAGGUUUCUUCGUCCCGCUGGGUAGCUUUCAUUUGACACCAAGGACCAUUGACCAAAAAGUUCAUAACGUUUCCUUUGCAUUUGACAUCAUGCGAGACAUUGGACUACCAAAGCCAAAAGCUCGUCCCGAAGACAUCGUCAAUCUGGAUCUGAAAUCUACGCUUCGCGUGUUGUAUAAUCUCUUUACCAAAUACAAGGGGAUAAAUUAGUAAAAUUCAAUCAAUUCAGCUUUUUAAUGUUGCACAAAUGUUGCCUUACUAAAGCCUUUUAAUUAUCCUAAUCGAGCUGCCACUCGAGAUCUGACUAUUCGAGCUUUAUUUUCUUCUUCCACCAAAGUCGUUGUCUUUAUUUCAAUUCGACAAAUGAAAAUGUACAAGAGAAUGUGUACAUACAUACAGCUAGAUUCACAGAGCGGAGAAGAUUAUGUUGUACUAUUGUAUAUUAAGCUUUAAGUAACCUUAAGUGCCUUUAUAUAUAUCCAAAGGAUAAUAUAUUUUAUACAACUCCUAUUUAUCGUACACCCUUUUCAAUGGAAUAAUAAUGUUUAUUAAUAAAUGUGUCAACUAUUA